AUGGUGAACGACCUCGAGUCUGCCCUUAAGCAUACCAGGUGCUUGCUUUAUGCGGACGACUUGAAAUUGGUUUGCGGGAUACAAGAGGACCGCGAUGCGCUGUCUAUGCAACGUGAUAUCGAUAGUCUCUUUCAGUGGAGUAUUACAAACAAACUUCACUUCAAUACCGCAAAAUGUUCUGUCAUGUCCUUCAGUCGUGCACAUUGUCCCAAACAUGUUGAAUAUAAUUUGGGCGGUGAACCAAUAGAACGGGUAAACACGGUGCGGGAUUUGGGUGUACUUUUUGAUGCAAGGCUUAACUUUCAUGAUCACAUGAGGGCUCUCGCUGCUGACUCAUACCGCAGACUCGGUUUUGUUAUACGCAACAUGCGAGACUUCAACAAUCCUCUGGCGAUUAAACUCAUUUACAUGGCACACGUUAGAUCCAAGCUUGAAUCAUCAGCAAUCGUCUGGAACCCUUAUGAAAGCACCUACGCCUUGCUUCUGGAGAGAGUUCAGAAAGUAUUUCUAAGAUUCUUUUACAAAAAACGAUUUGGUUACUAUCCCUAUCUAUAUCCAACUAAAUUCUUACUAGGCAUGCUGAAUUUCCAAUCUCUAGAAGUAAGACGUAAUUACAGCCUCCUUAUAUUUGCCUGUCAAGCUCUACGGGGUAAUUCCGACUGCCCGGAAAUAGUGGCGCGGGUGGUAAGACUGUUUGUUCCUGAUGUGCCUAGGUACCAACUAAGGCCCCGCAAUCACUGCUUACUGGCCGUACCCAGCGCCCGCACGGUAUCUCAUGCGCAUUCGCCACUUGUUCGUGCUCUCACUCUGCUAAAUGAUCUUCUGGCAUCAUCACCCGAGUGUGAUAUAUUUGCAUCUAACUGGAAGACUGUUUGUAAACAAUGCAUGCAGUUGUGUGAGAGUAUCCAGUAA